AUGGCGAAUGAGGAGACAGAGCGAGGGAGAGGGAUGUGGAGCGAUGGAAUUCUGGGGUUAUUGUUUGGGUUGGAGAAUGUGGAUAGUGUAACUCCUGAGCAGAUCAGAACACGAAGGAUCAAUCGGUUUGGGAUUCAUGCACAUAAAUCAUGCUUUGUGGGGGUCUUUGAAAAUUCUCUUUAUACGCCUUUGAGUGUAUUAACAAAUUGCAAUCAAAUCAAUACUACGAUAUCUUCUAAUGUUGAAUGCUUGAAUAGGCAUAUUGUCGACAUUGUUGAUAAUUCUAAAAUCAUAUUGAAUAUUCCAAGUGUUUCAAGGCGAAGGAAAACAAAUGUAACUGAUGCAGUGCUGUCAGACUUACACCCUCAAAUUGUUGCUGAUAUUCAAGCUGUUUUAGAUGAGUGCAAUGUUUUGGUUAAGUCAUUUCGAAUGGCGAAAGAAGAAAUCCAGUCAAAUCCAAGAGUAGAAGUUAAAAUGAAGUUGAUUGGGAAGCGUAGCACAGAUGCCCGUACAUAUAAUUUGCCCACAGUUUCUGAAGUUGCUGCACUUAUUGUUGGGGACUUGGAUGCGCAUCUCGGUGAGCGAGAUAUAUUAGUGGAAACAAAGUCUGGAUUGUUGAAGAGGAUUAGUGAGCUCAAUCCAACUUAUCUUCCAUUACAGUAUCCACUGUUGUUUCCAUAUGGUGAAGAUGGUUAUAGGGAGGAUAUUGGCUUCAACAUUGUUCGAGUAGUUGAAAAUGGAUCUAGACACCGUAUUUCACCUCGCGAGUAUCUUGCUUUUCGUAUUCAUGAGCGUUCAUCAGAAGGAUUGUCUGAUGCAUUAACAAGAGGUGAUAUUGAGCCUGGUCGUCAUGGUAAACGAGUUAUUCUUCCUUCUGGCUUUACUGGAGGUGCUAGGUAUAUGAUUCAGAACUAUCAAGAUGCUUUGGCAAUUUGUGGAUGGAUUGUUUAUCCUAAUUUAUUUAUUACAUUUACAUGUAAUCCAAAGUGGCCUGAAAUAGAGAGGUAUUUGGGAGAGCGACAUUUGAGUGCUGUUGAUCGGCCUGAUAUCAUAUGUCGGUUAUUUAAAAUGAAAUUGGAUGCGUUGAUCAAGGAGAUCCGUUCUGGAUUAGUUUUUGGUAAUGUAACUGCAGUUAUUUAUACUGUUGAGUUCCAAAAAAGAGGACUUCCGCAUGCCCAUAUAUUGAUAUUUCUGAGUCAAGAAGAUGGUCGAGCUUUAUGUCAAAAUAUUGAUACUAUAAUUUCAGCUGAAAUUCCAGACAAGGAAGUAGAUAGUGAGUAUUAUAGGGUUGUUGAGGAGUUUAUGAUUCAUGGUCCUUGUGGUCAUCUUAGGAAGAAUUCUCCGUGUAUGGUUAAUGGUCGUUGUUCUAAACAUUUUCCAAAGAAGUUUGUAGACUCUUCAAAUUUUGAUCAAGAUGGUUAUCCAAUUUAUAGACGAAGAGAUGAUGGAAGGUUUGUUAAGAAAAAUGGAAUUGAGCUGGAUAACAGAUUUGUUGUACCACAUAACAAAUAUUUGUUGCUUAAAUAUAGAGCACAUAUCAAUAUUGAGUGGUGUAACCAGUCCCGUUCUAUCAAGUACUUAUUUAAGUAUGUCAACAAGGGGCAUGAUCGAGUUACAGCUCAUUUCUACAAAAGUUCUGAUGAUUUAGAGAAAGGCCAAAUUGUAGAUGAGAUAUCUAUGUUCUAUGAUUGUCGUUACAUAUCUGCUUGCGAAGGAACAUGGCGUUUAUUCGGAUUUGACAUUCAAUUCAGAGUUCCUGCAGUUGAGAGAUUGAGUUUCCAUUUGCCUAAUCAACAAUUAGUUGUUUAUGGCGAUGAUGAUUGUGUUGAUAAUAUUUUGAGUCGCCCGAGUGUUGGAGAAAGUAUGUUUUUAGCUUGGUUUGAAGCUAAUAAAAAGUUUCCCGAAGCUAAAGAGUUAACUUAUGGUCAGAUGCCCAACAAAUUUGUUUGGAAAAAGGAUGUUAGAGAGUGGCAUCUUAGACGUAAGGGGUUUGCCAUUGGACGUAUGUUUUUUGUUCCUCCAGGUUCUGGUGAAAUUUAUUAUCUAAGGUGUUUGUUGAACUUGGUUCGUGGUGCAACAUGUUAUAAAGAUCUUCGUAUUGUUGAGGGGGUGCAGUAUAGUUCGUUUCGAGAUGCAUGCUAUGCUCGUGGUUUAUUAGCAGAUGACAAGGAAUAUGUUGAUGCGAUUAAUGAAGCAAGUAAAUGGGCAUCUGCAACUUCUAUGAGGAGACUAUUUAUUACUAUGCUUACUUCAAACGUUCUUAUUCGACCAGAAGUUGUUUGGGAGGUAGUAUGGAUAUUCUUAGCUGAAGAUGCGGAGUUCAACCAGCGGAAACUACUAGAUAAACCAGGUUUAAUCCUCACAGAUGAAGAAAAGGCAGACUAUGCUUUGGUGGAAAUUGAAAAGCUUUUACGAUUUGGAAAAAGUAUUUCUUGCUUUCCCUCUAUGCCUCUGCCAAAUAUGAGUUCCUCAUCUUCUCAUGGAAAUCAGUUGUUAGAUGAAGAAUUGUCAUAUGAUUGUGAUGCUCUUAAAGUUGAACAUGAUAAUUUGGUCGAGAAAUUGACAGAUGAACAUAGGCAUGUUUAUGACAUAGUUCUUAGUGAUGUUGCGAAUGCUGGGGGUGGUUUAUUUUUUGUUUAUGGGUACGGAGGAACUGGUAAAACCUUUGUUUGGAAAACACUAUCAGCUGUUUUGCGUUCUGAGGGUCACAUCGUCUUAACUGUCGCCUCGAGUGGUAUUGCUUCUCUACUUUUGCCAGGUGGUCGAACUGCUCAUUCCUGA